CUUUCUCAGGAAGCGGCCGCGGCGAGGCCUUCGCCGGCUGUCAGGAUGCCGCUGAGCUUUCGGAGAAGCCGCAAGAGCCACUUUAAGUAUAUUGCCCAUGGCCUCCUCCCUGCAGCCAGCAUCGCACCGAAGCCAGCGGUGCCACGCACACCUCCUCCCCGCAGCCCCAACCCCUCUCCAGAGAGACCGAGGUCUGCUCUGGCCGCAGCCAUCCUGGCAACCACAUUGACUGGACAGAUCGUGGCCCUUCCUCAGCCUUGCCAGAGAUCCCUGUCGGAGAGUGACAUGACAUAUGUUGGAAAGGACAGCGUCAUUGAGCCCUAUGCCACCACCGCAGAGCUACGGCCUCGAACAACUUGGCAGAAUGUGAUGGAACGGGGAACUUCUUUGCCAUCCUUUGAAACAACACUGGGCGACAGGGAGGAAGAGGACAAUGACACGCACCUGUCAUCCAGCCCCAAGGAGGUGGGGGACAGCAGCACUUGGAAAGAGGCGGCAGAGCUCAAGGAUGCGCUGUAUGCAGCACCGCACAGAGAUCAGGUUCCAUUGUCACAUGCAGUGGACAGUGAGGAAGAUGAAAAUAUUUCAGAGCAAGAUGGGUUUCCAGACACCUCUGUCACACCCCGGUGUCCACCAGAAGAAGAUGGCAAACACUCAGUUCUGAAUCUAAAGGAUGCAAAGACCCCGUUAUAUGAAAAGCCUCCACCAUCCCCAGAUGUAACUGGCAGAACACGUCCACGGUAUAUAGAAAUAACCAAGGAAAAGUUGGAGGAACUGAAAGAAGAAAACUUGAUACUGAACCACACCAAUCAAGGCCUCGCCCUGGAGCUCAGUGCGAUACGGAAAGCAAUGAAAGAACUGCAGCUCAAACUUAAGAAAAUGGAAAAGGAAAACAGAGGACUGAAAGAGGCGCCCCGGGAAGAAGUAGCUGUGCCUGAAUUACUGUCUCUAAGAAAACACGCUAAAGAACUGGUGGAUGAAAACAAUGGCUUGAAAAUGACUGUCCAUCAUUUGAAUGUGGAACUGAGUAGAUACCAAACUAAAUUCAGGCCUUUAUCCAAAGAUGAGAGUUUAAACACUGAAGGCCUCCCAUCAAAGGGCCCCGCACCACCCUGGUUGGUGGAUGUAAAGUACCUGUCGCCGUUGCUGCUGGCUUAUGAAGACAGGCUGAAAGCGCAGGAUGAGCUCACUGCCCGCCUCCAGGAGGAAAUGAAGAUAUUUCGGAUGCGAGUUCAAGAAGUGGUGAAAGAGAAUGAAGAAUUGCACCAAGUGAUAAAUAAGAGUAGUCCGGUUACCAGUAAGGAAUGGCAUCAGCUUCAGACUCAGGCAGAACUGGUUUUAGAGGAAAACAAGUUGUUGAUGGAGCAGCUGGAGAUUCAGCAGCAGAAAGCCCAGGCCGCCAGCCAGGAGCAUCUGCAGGAAGUUUCCAAACUAACUAAACAGCUCAUCCUCCUGGAGACUAAAUCCCAGAGUCAAGAAAAGGAACUAAUGGAAAACAAGGAGCAAUUGAAAAUCCUGCACAACAAAUGCCAAGAACUGAAAAAGCACUUGGAUGACAAAAUUGCAAUGAAAGUCCAUACUUCAAUUGUGAAUGAAUUAAAAAGCCAGUUGCAGAAGGAAGAAGAGAAAGGAAGUGCUGAGAUGGACGAGUUGGUGGAAAAGUUAACAGUCCUGCAAAUACAGAAAAAGAGCCUGCUUUUAGAGAAGAACAAUUUGACAGUUAAAGCCAAAGCACUAGAAGCUGAACUUGAAAUUGCACAGAAAAGAAAUAGGCGAUCUCAGAAGAAAAUGGAUGUCCUCAGAAAGCAGGUGGAACAAGCCUUGGAGAAUGAGCUAUCUGCUCACCAAUACUUGGCCAAUCUUGUUGGACUUGCUGAGAAUAUCACUCAGGAACGGGACAAGCUCAUGCAUUUGGCUAAAUUUUUUGAAAGUGAGAAGCAUGGCCUUUUCGACACAAUAGUGAAAGGCAAUAUUCGCCUGGGAAAAUUGGAGGAAAAAGUCAAGGGCUACAAGAAGCAGGCAGCACUGAAGGUGGGCAACAGCAACCACCGUCUGGCGGAGCAGCAGGAGGACUUUGCUAGCAAGACAGCCCAAUACCACCGGGAGAUGCAGCACCUCCACUGGAUGCUACGGGACAAGCAGGAAGUCCUGGACGAGGCAUUGCAGCAGAACAGAGCAAUGGAAGGGGAGCUGGAGGUCGUGUGGGAGUCCACCUCCAAGGAAAACCGGAGAAUCCGAGAGCUUCUCCAGGCCACGCUGGAGAGACAGGGCCCGAGGGACAGCAGCAGAGCCGGUGCGGCCCCCUGCCUUGAUGGGCACUCCGGAGACGUGCUGGAUGGCGACAGCUUCAUACAUGACCUGAAAUCUCCAAAGCCCGGCCCGAGGCCGCAGGAGCCCUUGGGCUAGGCUCCGCAGCCUCCCACAGGAACGGGCGGGCAGCGCCUCCUGCCCCAGGCACACGCCCACAGCAGAGCAGGGGAAGCGCAGACCAUCACCUGGUAUGGCUACAGUGCUUCAGCACGUGGAGCUAAGAAGAAAUAAACUGGCUCCGAAAUUUAGUCUGUUUUUACAUUCUUACUGUGUCUUAUAUAUGCUGCUGCAAUAUUUCCUAACUGACAUUCUCCCUCUGGCCUCAUGCCACUGACACUGGGCCUGUAAGACCCAUUUCUCAGCUCCACAGGCGACCUGAGUAGCUGUCUUGUCGUUAGGCUUCUAGUCCUGCCACUGGGAGACCCUGGAGGGAACAGAGGUGGGACUGCUCUGGUCCUGUGUUAGCUGAGCACGUUUAACCAGGUGAGCCUGUGCGUUGAAGCCGGUGUAAUGACAUCUGGGAACAGAGGGGGGCCUGCUUCAGUUCUGUGUCAGUUGAGGUGAGCUUAUGCAUUGAAGCAGCCGUAAGAACCUCUGUGCACUAGCUCUGGAUUUCCCUGUUUACUACGACUCCAGGAACUAAACCUGUUCUGCCCACCCCUGAGCCUUUUCUGUCCUCCUGGGGCCACACAGCACCCCUCGGAGAGCCCUAACUUUGGCACCAGACCUUUCUUCCUGAUCUGGAAGCACGACUGAAACCUGUUCACAGAAGACGGUUCUAGUGUUCGAAAUGCACCAGCACACGCAAGCCCCCAUAGUAUGACAGGUGGCUUUGUGACCUAGAGGCGCUUGUGUCAUCCCUCUCUUCCCCACGUUUUAUGAGAACGUUUUAUCCCCCUCUGAGAAAACCAAACUCACCGCCGUCGCAUCAGUCUGACUCAGAGCAGCCCUACUGGACAAUAGACUGGACCAUGUGGGCUUCCCAGACUGAAACUCUUUUAGGGAGCAGGCAUUCUUAACUCUCCUGCCGAGUGACUGCUGAGUUCAAACUGCUAACCUUGUGAUUAGCAGCCCGAUGUGUAACCUUUGGGAAGGGAGCAUGUUGCCCUUUCUGUUAUAAGACUGUUGUAUAUUAUUAUUGUAGUCUGAAAGACAGUAAGACCUGGACUGCGUUGGAAACUGAAGACUUACCAGCCCAACCACCUGCUGGUUCUCACAGGUAUCCGACCAGGAGCAGGCAGCAGCAAGCUGGGCUAUCCAGGGUGGGGGGUGUCUGACUCUAAGGGGAGAGGGAAGGCUUCUUCGUUGUAUUGAUUCCUGCUGUGGGUGUAGGUCCUGGGGUGGCGCAAAUGGUUUGUUGUUCACCAUUAACCUAAAGGUUGGUGCUUGAGCACCCAGAGGAAAGGACAGAUGGACCUGUUUCCAUAGAGCUGAGAGCCCAUGAAGAUGGAGCUGUCACAGCUGGAGCCACACGGGGUGACCAGGAGUGUGUGCUGCCUUCCUGGCAGCUUGUUUGGUUUGUAGUCAUCAUGAUUGUAGGUCUGCAGCCCCUGGUAAUACCCGUGAUUAAGAUAUGAGUGCUAAUGAGAAAGUUGGAGGUUAAAGGCCAACCAGUGGCUCUGAAGAAGAAAGGCCCAGCUCUCCUGAAAGUCAGUGAAUGACAACUCUUAAUUAUCACAACAGUCUGACCCACAGCUAACCAUGGUGGGGGGAAGUGUAGGGCCAAAGAGCAUUUUGUUCUGUGUUCAUGGUUGCCAUGAGUCUGAGGCCAACGGCAGCUCCCAGCCACGACCCUCGGCUCCUCAGGCAGCACCACGAUGGGUGCUGUGCUAACUGCACUGCUCAGGUGUUAAAGAAUAAUGGUGGGGACCAAGGCAGACACUCAAACCACGCCAGGUGCUCUGAUGAGAAGAGAGGACUAUCGGGCCAGGAGUUUCUGAAGAAAGGGCACUUACAGAGUUACUGAAAAACACGUAUGUGCUUUGGGACAACUUGGGUACAUGAAUCUACCUUUAAUGAUAUCAUUUAUAAAAUAUAAAUUUGAGUCAAGUACUUCUAAUGAAAUUGAGAUGCUCUGUGAGCAUAAAAUCUAUGCCAGAUUUCAAAGGCUUAGUAUGAAAAAUACGAAAUAUUUUAUACUGGUUAUAUGUUCAUGUGUUUUAUACAUAUUUGAUUAAAUGUUAACAUUAAUUGCUUUUUA